AUGACGGAAAAACAUCAACUGAAGCUAAAUGCGAUGAAGAGCGUGUUGCUCAGCGAUGAAGUGAAGUGGUGUGGGCGCAUUCUUGAUGGAGAAGGUGUACGCCAUGACCCAGACCAUCUCUCAGCAUUGGUGGCAUUGCCACUGCCAAGAACGGCAGCAGAUCUUCAACGGUUCUUUUGCGCGUGCAAUUGGAUUCGUGAUAGUGUGGUGGAUUAUGCCAGAGUGACUGAAGUGCUUCAAGACAAGUUGAAUGGAGCGCUCGCCAAUUGUAGUCGUACGAAGCGAUCAGCAGCGGCGGUUCAGCUUCAAUGGCUUGAUGAAGAACGUGCAGCGUUUAAUGCUACUCUUCACUCCAUUGCAUCGUCGGCUAAGCAAUAA